GUGAGCUCACAUGCCAUGCGCACAUGCUGUUGAGCUUUAACCAGCAUUCCAAUGUCGAACGAGCCCAAUGUGCCGUCUCCACGCGGGGCUCUCGGCCAAUGAAAAAGUGCGAAAGAGUAAAAAAGAGUGGGGGCACGUAGAGAGGAGGUGGGUGAAAUGUUUUCAGAGAGCGUGACAGAAAGAGGAAAGGAGGGGUAGAGAGGAAGAGAGAGAGAGUCAUCCCUGAUACACAUCAACAAACAGGCGGUUGACGGGACACACAAAAGAGAGGAGAAAAAAACCGGUCACAUUUUUCAGGCACCUGAAAACGUGCUGGUUAUUUUAAGACGCGUGUUGCUUAUUGAUGAGUGGGGAGUGUUUAAACUACUUCCACUCCGGUCAUGUUUUAAUAGUGACUGUACAUGGCAAGCAGUUGCAUACUCUAGGACCUCUGCAAUUUAGAGAAGCCUCAUUCAGUGACUCCUUACCAUUUGCUUGGUAGCUUUCACAGAGAGAGAGAGAAGACGAAGAGCUGUGUUGCCGUGUAACACUUUGGAAGAUAUUUUUGGAUCAAAUUGAGAUUUGUUCCAGUUUCCUUUUAAUAAUAGCCUUUUCGAUUUAUUUCGUCUUCGCUGGUUGGGAUUCCUUGAGACCCCAAUGCCCUGUGCACACUCCUGCUGGUCUAAUUUUUUGGAUACCCUCUUUAUGCCUUGGCAGUUCAUGACUCUUUCACCUAUAUCAACGAAACUCCUCGGCAAGCAAAGGCAGUCAAUCCAGCAAUAAGCAUCCACAGUUAAACAACACGGAGCAACUGAACAACGACCGAUUUGGAAUCAUGGAGAAUAGUCCUGGUGGUGGUGUUAUCCUGUACGCUGGCUCAUCCGGCAGUGCCAGCCCGAGCCCUGGCAGCCCUUCAAGUGGAUACCAGACCCAGUCACCCUCCUCCCAUUCGCAGCCCUCAUCCCCAGAGAGCUCCUCCUUUCAGGAGAUCGGGGCCCUGAAGCAGAGGGGGGAACGCAGGAGAAGAACUCCUUCCCCAAGAAUGGUCUUCCAGUUCCCUGAAGUGAACAAUGCUCCAGUUGCCCAGUUAACCACUGUAUCAUCUGCGACCUACAACCACCCAACAGUGGCCAAAAGACCAUGUGGUUUCACUGGCACUUUCACCAAAACCGGAGGUAUGGUGCUACUGUGUAAGGUGUGUGGAGACAUUGCAUCUGGGUUCCAUUAUGGCGUACAUGCCUGCGAGGGCUGCAAGGGUUUCUUCAGACGCAGCAUUCAGCAGAAUAUCCACUACAAGAUGUGUGUGAAGAAUGAGAAGUGUCUCAUCAUGCGCAUGAACCGAAACCGAUGCCAGCACUGCCGCUUUAAGAAGUGUCUCUCAGUGGGAAUGUCCAGAGAUGCUGUGCGUUUUGGGCGUAUUCCCAAGCGGGAGAAGCAGAGACUACUGGAUGAGAUGCAGAGCUACAUGAACAGCCUCAACGAAUCAGCUUCCAUGGACAUGGAGGUGUCCUCCCCUCCUGACGCCCCCUGUAGUCCCCUGAAUCAGACGAACGAAGGAGCAGGCUCCAUAUCGCAGUCUUACCGCAACAAUUUCAUUGACGAGAAACCUCCCAAGAUGGCCGCCGGCAUCAGCAAUAGCAAUGUAGGCACUUCCACCUUCCAGAACAGUACGGGACAAGAAGCUACCCUGUCACAUUCGGCGACCCAGACUCAGCACGCAGCUCAGGCAGAGCAGGCAAAUGUCGCAUCGGGCUACCACGUCUCCAUAACCUGCCCUGUAGCCCCCAACAACAACAACAACAACAACAAUGAGAACUCCAGCAACAUAGACAACGCCAAGUACAGCUUCUCCUCCAAUCAGAAUCGGUGCCCCUACAGUGGAAGUCAAUCAUCUCAGGCCUACUCAGCCAAUCAAAGCAGCUACACAGCCAGAGAUUCCCACAACCAAAGCCCUUGCCCCUGGAAGCUAAAUGGAGGAGCUAAAGUUCUGGCGUGUCCUCUCAAUUCCUGUCCAGUCGCUCCUGCCAGUCGCUCCAGUCAGGAGGUGUGGGAGUCUUUCUCCCAGUGUUUCACCCCUGCUGUUAAAGAAGUAGUGGAGUUUGCAAAGAGCAUCCCAGGCUUCCAGACUCUCAGCCAGCAUGAUCAGGUCAUGCUGCUCAAAUCAGGCACUUUCCAGGUUCUGAUGGUGAGAUUCUGCUCACUGUUUGACCCCAAGGAGAGGACGGUGACCUUCCUCAAUGGGCAGACAUACUCCCUGGCAUCCCUGAGGGCUCUCGGCAUGGGCUCCCUACUCGAUGCCAUGUUUGAGUUCAGUGAAAAGCUCGGAUCUAUGGGUCUGGAGCCGGACGAGAUGGCACUUUUCAUGGCUGUUGUACUGGUUUCAGCAGAUCGUGCUGGUAUCGUAGAAGUGGGAGCAGUAGAGCAGCUGCAGGAGAACCUCAUAAAAGCCCUGCGUUCCAUUAUCACCAGUCGCCGUCCAGAUGACAGCACUCUCUUUCCAAAGCUGCUGCUGCGUCUGCCGGACCUGCGCACCUUGAACAACCACCACUCUGACAAGCUGUUAGCUUUCCGCAUUGAUCCUUGAGCUCAAACAGCUAAAGCUAACUGAGGUGUCUGCUUUGGGGGAAUUCCCUGCUCCCAUGCAAGCCUGGCCUGCCACAUUGAGCACACUGGCCUAUGCAUGAUGGACAGUUGUUGUGGAAGCUGUGCCAAGUCCGAUUGCUGCGAAAGCAGCAAACUGGGAAAAGAAAUCGGUGAAGGACGUAGGCACAGUAGGAGUUGGAGGCUCCUGCACUCAAACUGAUUCCUCCUCCUCCUCCUCCUCCAGUUGAAUCCAGGUUUGCUAAACAAAAAACCUGGACUGUGUUCUUCCUUGAGUUUUUUCAAGUAAACAUGAGACCACCAAGUCAUCACCUCUCCCUCCUGAGGUUUGUCAAACCGAGUUGUCAGCUUUUGUUCUGAAGACCAAAAAGAAGAAAAAGCCUGCUGUUCCUCACUAGACUUUAUCCUCCUCUCCCAGUUCACAAAGCUAACAAGAGGGAAGCACAUACUCCAGCCCAGAGAAACAGAAAGAUGUGCGAACAUUGACCAACAAUGAUUUACAAAGCUAAAUUCAUACUACAUUGUGUAAAGGGCACUUUCCAUACAUAAAGAAGACCUCUUGAAUCAAUAUUUUACAUAGCAAUAGAAAUAUCUAAUAAGCAGUUGGAAAGACAGUUUGUGUGAACCCUGGUGAAAUGAAAUAAGCUAUUUUCACAAAAUGUCACUCUGUGGGAAAUCUCUGAAAACCAUCGGUGAUUGAGAAGUGUAUAACAUUUUUCAGAAAUGAGAGUAAGCUGCAUUGUCUUUGUAUGCAGUAAUCAGGGAGAAAUUAUCGGUCAUUUUAGACCGCUAUGAGGGGUUAUGUGUUUCAAUGUUUUGUUGUAUAUUUUGUAUAUAACCUUUAUUCUUGGUUCUUGAUAGUUUGCAGAUUAUUGGAUAUGUAAAUGAAGUUAGUGUUGAAUUAUUGUAUAAUGUCACGAAUAAUAGAUUGCUAUACAGAAAGAAGCAUUUGAAUUAUGCUCAGAGUAUAAACUUUUUAUUUGAAGAUAUAUAAUUGAAAUAAAUGUAUUGUCAACUGACUGCAUCACCUUGUGAAUAUUUUGUAAAUGUUUUAUGGCAACACCAUAGAGUAUCAUUAUUAAAAUAACAAUAUACAACAUU